CAGCACUUCAUUCCUUCCUGAUAAGGAUAUGCCUUUGAAAUAUCUCAGUCCUUUUUUUCUAUUAGAAAAUGUGCUUCUCAGGGAAAACAAACAAACAAACAAAAAAAAAACCACAAGAUGGACAUUGGGAUUGUGAAAAUGGAGACCUCGGUUUUAAAGUAGCACAGUCUCCUGGGUUUGGGGAAGCAAAUUUGUCUGCUUCUUCUGGAAGGCAAUUAGGUUAUGUACAGAAACAAAAGCAGUAUGUUUUUUUUUUACAUAUUCUCUUUGACUCUUAACAUUACCAGACACAGAAGCAAAGAGCAAUCCCCAUAGACAUUUCCAGCCAGCACAGCAUGGCCAAAGCCACCCCAAAGCUAUGCUUCCCAGGGAUCUGCUUCUUAGAUCUGCAUUCAGGGUGCCCCAGAGAUGCGUAGCUAAAUGCUACAAUGAGACUGAGAUGGGGACACAAUGCUACUUCUGCUCCUACCAACCCCUAGAGCACCUUCAGGGAUGACAGAAUCCCUGCAAGAGGUCUCUACAGGGCAGUGGAUGCCGCCUUAUCCUCGCCUUUUCAUUUCUGCAAACGUAUUGGAGGCCAUCCAAGAUUUGGCUUGAGAUCUGGGCUUUCCCUGCACCAAGGCUCUGCUGGUUACAGGACAAUCUCAUACAGAACCAACCUCAAGGACAUAGAAAGAAGCUGACCUGGGUCUUGCCCUCGGCUCCGAACAGGGGGAUCUGGGUGACCGUGGGGAGGCAGCCCCUAUCUCCUUGUACUGCUCCCAUUGCUGCCAAGCUGCUGAUAGCUGAGUGAGGAAAGAGGCAGCACUAAGACAUUUUCCUCUGAGUCCCACUUGCUCCAUGGGGAAAGGGCAAAAAUGGGGAGUGUCACAUUAUUACCCACUCCUCAUCUGGAUUUGGACAUUUCACAUAUUUGAGCACCAUUUGCUUGGCUGCUGUAGGGCAUCUCAUGGAGCAACUGCCCUCUCGAGAGCAUCCUAAAGCUUCACAAUCAGAGGUGAUGGAUACCCAGAGCAUCCUCCCAUCCAGAAAUAAGGGAGAGAGGGUGGUCAGGGGGUGCCAGAUCCCAAACCUUCCCUAUUGCUCGAGGUGUUCCCGCUUGCCGGCAGCUGCUCAGCUCCCAGGGCUGUGGUGGGAGGCUAAAGCCAGAGCAACACCAGGGAAGCUCCUGGGAGCAGCUCUCCGGCACAGCUCCCCAAGCAACAUUAUACACGGAGCUGCAGAUCAGCAGUGACCUCCAGCGGCUGCUGCCAAACCCGGCAGAGGUGCCAGGGCAGAACCGUUGCGCUGAAGCAAUGCAGGGGCUGGGUGCAUAUCCCGCCACCAGCACCCAGGUCCAUCAACCAUCCUCUUCCUAGCACAGCCCCACUCAUCCAAUGGGCGAUAAAACAUUGUCUUUGGGUCUAUUGCAGCUUUCUGCAGAGACAAAACUAAGCCAAAGUGCCUAAGUGUGCACGAAAGUGAGAAGCAUGCGUGUGAGAGAAUAGAUGAUGCACAGGGGAUAGACACUCCUUAGGAGGUGCACAUUUAGAAUGCUGAGGCAGGUCUCUUAUCAUCCACCACUUUUCAAUCCUAGGCAGCUAGUAAUAAAUAAAAAUAAAACAAAAACACAUCAGCAUUUCUAUGGCAAAUGCAGAAAAAGUAGUUUGUAACUCACCAAAUCUCCCAUGCAGUUGUCAAGCGUGGAGCAGCAGCAUGGGUGGGGAUGCUCAUAUACUCACUGCAGCAAUCAGAAAGUGAGUGGGAAAGCUGUGAGGUGCAACUGGGCACAGCUGUGCCUGCAGGAGUGGCAGUGGUAUGACAUUAUCCCAAUGGGGACAGUGGGAGGGAAAGCUCUGGGUGUCUUGCUUGAGUGGGGCUGGAGCAGGUGACCUCUUUGGGGUCCCUGCCAACCUUAGUCAUUCUGCAAUGCUGUGAUUUUGGACAGUGUAAGGAGAUGUUCCUGCCUGGUCUCUUUGCCCAGGAGUUGCAGCAGUCCCACUGUCACUGGGAGCAACAAGGAUCUGCAGGGGAUAAUUAGGACUGAGUAAAGUAGAAGAGGGGAAAAUAAGGAGUGGCUCGAGGAGUUAUAGUAACAGCAGUCACCACCACAACUUCUAAGGAGCUCCCAUAGGAAGAAGCAAGAUUUUCAGAGAGCAUGGCUUCCAGCAUCUUUGACUGCCAUGCAAGUGUCACCGGUUGCCUUUGCCAACCUGGGUGUGUGGUCACCAUCCCCAGUAAACUGUCCAGGCUGGCAACCACAGAAAUGUCAUGUCUCAGCCACGUCCCAUCUGUAGCCGCCCACAAUAAACCACAGAGCAGUGAGUGCUCAUUCAGAAGAAAGCGUACCCUCUUCUUCCAGUCCCUCCUUCUGCUCGCCUUGUCCUUGAGCACGCUUCAUUCCCAGCUUCUAUCUGUGGCAUGCUCCUAUCAUCAGGUGUUGUCCUUCACGCCUGCUAUAAAGGCAUGAGGAGAUGCUUUGCAUGCAUGCAGGCUGGCAGCCCCCACCCGUGCCAUGCUGCAGGCCAUCGUCAAGCUGUGCUGUGGCAUUGCCCAUGAUCACCUCCGCAAGUUGCCCGGCCUGAAGACAGCAGCCACUGCAGUGAUGCAGGAGUUAGGAGGCUCCCACUGCCUGCCCUCUGAAAUUCCUCCUUGUAUCCAGAGGCUCAUGGGACAGGAUGCUGCUAGGUGCACAGAGCCCGAAGCAGAUGCGUUCACCCAUCGGCCCUCCAGUAUGGACCUGUCCUACAUCCACCAGGGAGAAAGGGCCCUGCAGCAAGCGCUGGGCAUCUUGCAGCAGCCCCACUGCUGGCAGCCAGAGGCCGUGCUGCAGGACACAGGGGCUGCAGUGUCCAGCACCACGCUGCCAGGGCUGGGCCGUGUCUUUCGGGCUGAGGCGGUGCUGGCGGUGCCAGCGGGCUGGCUGCAGGGUGAGCUGUUUGAGAGGCUGGAGGAGAUGCCCCGCUGGAACCCCAGCCUCAGCCGUGUGGAGGUGCUCUGCCGCCCAGGCAAGGACACACUGGUCACGCACGAGGUGACAGCCGCCAGCCCAGUGGGACGCAGGGACUUUGUCAGCAUGCGGCACCGCAGAAGGACACGGGCAGCCGUCUACCUGGUGGGCACUGCCGCCCACCUUGAGCAGCCACCCGCACCGCAUGGCUGCAUCAGGGCUGAGAUGCGCCUGAGCUGUAUCAUGCUGCAGCCGCUGCCGGGGGACCCGAGCUGCACACGUGUCACUUGGCUGCUCAGCAUGGACCUGAAGGUAAGUGGCACCACGGGGGUGUCCCCGUGCUGGCCCAGCACCCAUCAUCCCUCAUGUAUUUCUCCCCCCAGGGCUGGAUCCCCACCUCGGUCACCAACCGCGUCCUGCCACAGUGCCAGGCUGAGUUCAUCGGGCACCUCCGCCACCACCUCUCUGCCGCCUGUCCCUGACCCUAGUACACUGUUAUUUAUUUUUGGAGAGGUAGCUGUAUAUUUCUGUGUGUAUAUAUAUAUGUACAUAUGGAUAGGACUUCCCCUCCUGUGCAACCACAGAGCCAACGCAGGCAUCACUGUAAAGCAUGGGCAGAAACCUAUCUUUCCUUUCACAGCUCCUUCUGGAGCCAUGAAGCAUGAUCGCAGCCACUUUGGAAGGCUUCGAGCCUACAUAUCCCAGGGGCUUUGCUUAUUUAUUGGAAAGAUAAAGCCGCUUGCAAAAGCCACAUGAAACCCUGGCUGAUAAAUAGGAGUUAAAUAAAACACAGAAGUGGCAGCUCACCGUGAGAGAUCCAUUUCAAUCACAUGCAGGUCACACACUCAUGUACCAUACUAUUCCCACACUCUAAAUAAAUCAACAGAAAUAGACA